ACGAUCCCAUCAUACCUUGGCUGCUUGUGUUUCCAUUUGCUAGUGCCGGGGAACUUGUGAACCACUGUUAUAGAGAGAGAGGGAGACAGAAGCGCAAUGGAGGUGGAGGGAUCAUCAAAGAAGAUGAUAGCGACUCAGGAAGAGAUGGUGGAGGCGAGGGUUCCGCUGCCCUACAGGGACCAGUGCGCUCACCUUCUAAUCCCUCUCAACAAGUGCAGGGCUGCCGAAUUCUACCUCCCUUGGAAGUGCGAGACCGAGCGCCAUUCCUACGAGAAGUGUGAAUACGAGAUUGUCAUGGAGAGGAUGCUCAAGAUGCAGAAGAUCCGCGAAGAGCAAAAGCGGCUCAAGCAAGCUCAGAAGCAGCCCAUUCCGCUCGUUCCCAAUACUGCUAAUGCCUAGCGCGCACGCGCUCUUUAAUUGGGCAGGUCACUCAUAAGUGCUGGGUUUAGUGGAUACAUUGCCAAAUUAACCGACUCUGUUCAAUCCAUGUAUGUUAUUACAAUUUGAUGUUAUGAGAGGACUACAACAAACUCAAUAUUUCCUGUUGUUUCUCAAUGAUGUCUUGAGGGUAAUCUGCCCUACUAUGUACUUCCUGUCGUUUUUUUCUCCUCCACCUUAUUUGAGUGGAAUAAAAUUCCUUCUUAUUUUUGGUUCGCUUGUGA